AUGUCUAAUGUGCAAUUAAGCGAGGGCGUUAUUCGUUCCAUUUUCACGAAUGUCGAGAAAUACCACAAUCCAACAGGUGGAAUCUUUCAGUGCCAUAGAACACGGAAAAAUGAUCCUUCUGUUCAGCCUAACAGGAAAAAUCUGAUUGUGAUUUCGGAUGGUGUGGUAAGAGUGAAGGCCUUGCUGAGAAAUGAAGCAGUUCGUAAGGCACGCGAAAUGGAAUUGAACGUGGGAGACACAUUCCAAAUGACGCGUGGAGAGCCUGCUAUCGUGAAAGAAAAGAAGAAGUACGUAGUGCUCAUUGAUGACAUUGAGAUUUUAGAGCGUGGUGCCGAACUUGUUAAUCCGGGGUCUGAUCUUAUCGACACUUAUCUCAGUGCUCAUCCUGGAGAAGUGGUGUCGUUAGACGAGCCUGUCCAACAAGGAGCUCCAACUGCGAUACCUCAGCCACCCCAACAGCCACCCCAACAGCCACCUCAACAGUAUCAGAAUACCCCACAAUAUGCCCCCCAGCAGAACCAGUAUGGCGGUGGAAAAAAUGGCACCAUACAACCCACUUCGUCACAGAAAAGUAGGCCCAUCUUUGCCAUCGAACAGCUUUCUCCUUACCAAAAUAUGUGGACUAUCAAAGCGAGAGUGUCAUUCAAAGGUGACAUCAAGACUUGGAGUAAUCAGAAGGGUGAAGGAAAACUGUUUAACGUUAAUCUGCUGGAUACUUCAGGCGAAAUUAGAGCAACAGCAUUCAACGACAACGCUGUGAAGUACUACGAGCUUCUACAAGAGGGUAGGGUGUACUACGUUUCCAAGGCGCGUAUUCAGCCUUCAAAGCCCCAAUUUUCCAACCUGUCACAUCCUUAUGAACUGCAACUAGACCGCGACACAGUAAUUGAAGAAUGUUACGAUGAAGUUGAUGUUCCCAAAAUGAAUUUCAGUCUUGUAAAAGUGAACGCUGUGGAGACAAUGGAAGCUAGUUCAACUAUCGACGUACUGGGGAUUAUUCAAACUGUUAAUCCACCUUUUGAAAUAACAUCGAAAGCCGGAAAAAGGUUCGAUCGUCGUGAUAUUAUUCUCGUGGAUGAUACAAAUUAUUCAGUGAAUGUAGGAUUAUGGGGGAAGCAAGCUCUUGAUUUCAAUUUACCCGAGGGCUCGGUUAUCGCCAUUAAGGGCGGGCGUAUCACCGAUUUCAACGGGAAAGGCUUGUCCAUUGGGUUCAACAGCACGCUGCACCCUAACCCAGAGAUACCUGAAGCUUAUGCGCUAAAAGGGUGGUUUGAUUCCACUGGACGCAGUCAACAGUUCCAUUCGUUGAAGCAAGAACCUGCUGCAGGUGGUGGCAACAAAGCCAAGUUUAUUGCAGAACGCAUAACUAUUGCUAAAGCUCAAGCCGAGAACCUUGGAAUGAGUGAAAAAGGUGAUUACUUCAACAUUAGAGCCGCGGUAAAUUUUUUGAAGGUUGACAAUUUUGCCUAUCCUGCUUGUGCAAACGAAGGGUGUAACAAAAAGGUCAUCCAAAACUCUGAUGGCUCCUGGAGAUGCGAGAAAUGCGAUGCUGACCACGAAAAACCACAGUGGCGGUAUAUGCUGACAGUAUCUGUACUUGAUGAAACAGGGCAACUAUGGAUGACAUUGUUCAACGAGCAAGCGGAGCUUUUGAUGGGUACAGAUGCCAGCACUUUGAUCGAUUUGAAAGACAAUGAUGCCGACGAGUUCACGAGGGCCACUCAGAAGAUACAGAUGUAUCAGUACGACUUCAGGAUACGGGCUAGAGAAGAUCACUACAACGAUCAAACGCGCAUACGGUAUUCAGCUGCAAACGUCCACUCUUUGAGUUACAAAGCUGAGGCCGAUUUUCUGGCCGAAGAACUAGGAAAAGUGUUUUUGAGCUAG